AGGCAACAGGCUGUAGCCGUUUUAGAGGUGUGCAAUUAACCGAGUUAAACAGCUAAAAAGGCCCAAACCAAGAACCUGAAAUUUGUCCCGCCAAUGAAUGAACCUUGCAGUUGGCUAUGGCAGCAAAAACACAUUGCCCUUUCUCUACUAAAAUCUCCACACAAACUCUCCACUUUGAACCACUUAAAAUCCCUCCAUGUAUACCUCCUUCGCACUGGCCUUAACCAUAGCAGUUUCGCAAUCGGUAACUUCAUCACCCAAUGCUCUUCUCUUAAACUCAUGUCGUAUGCAGCCCAACUGUUCGAUAAAAUGCCUGAACCAAAUUCUUUUGUCUGGAACACCCUCAUAAGAGGGUUCCAACAAAAUCAUUCACCCAAACACACCCUUUAUUAUUUCGAUAAAAUGCGCGCGAAUAAUGUGCAGCCUGAUAGAUUCACUUACCCUUUCGCCAUUCGUGCUUGUUCGGAUUUAAUGGAUUUUGUAAAAGGAGUAACACUUCAUGGACAGUUGUUUAAAAUUGGAGUGAAUCUUGAUGUAUUUGUGGGUACUAGUUUGGUUGAUUUUUAUACUGCUAUGGGGGAUUUGAACACGACGAAAAAAGUUUUUGAGGAAUUGCCGGAUAAAGAUGAGGUAACAUGGUAUGCGAUGUUAUCUAGCUAUGUUAACAAAUUUAACGACAUGGAAAAAGCUCGGGAUUUGUUUGAAAAGAUACCGUGUAAGGAUCUUGUAAUUUGGCAUACUAUAAUUUUGGGGUAUGUUAAAGCCGGAGACUUGGAGCUAGCGAAAGAGUAUUUUGAUAGAGCGCCUGUUAAGGAUUUGCUCAUGUACAAUACAAUUUUAGGCUGCCUUGCGAAGAAUGGUGAAGUUGAAUGUGUCUUGAGAUUGUUUCAUGAAAUGCCUUGUAGGGAUUUGGUAUCUUGGAAUACGGUAAUUGGAGGGCUUGUACGUGAUGGGAGGAUUAAUGAAGCUAUGAGAUUCUUCCAUCAAAUGGAAAGAGUGAAUUUGUCGCCUGAUGAUGUUACCCUGGCAAGCUUGCUCUCUGCUUGUGCACAAGCUGGAGCUCUAGAUACUGGGAAAUGGUUGCACUCGUAUAUCGAUAGGAGGUGUUCUGAGUUGAAUGCUGUGAUUGGGACAGCAUUGGUGGAUAUGUAUUGCAAGUGUGGUGAUUUGGAGAGUGCUGCAUGUCUCUUUAAUAAGAUGUCCGAACGUGAUGUUGUAGCUUGGAGUGCGAUGAUCAUGGGGUCCUCGAUGAACGGGGAGAGUAGAACUGCAUUGAACUUCUUUUACCGUAUGAAAGAUGAAUCUGAAAGGCCAAAUGACGCGACAAUUUUGGGGGUUCUGUGUGCUUGUGUGCAUGCUGGGUUGGUUGAUGAGGGAAGGAAGUGCUUUUAUGGCAUGUCUUUAGAGUUUGGUUUAACACCAAAGUUGGAGCAUUAUGGUUGUAUGGUUGAUCUCCUUGGCCGAGCUGGUUUGCUAGAGGAGGCGUAUAAUUUGAUACAAUCUAUGCCUUAUGAGCCACACACGGGUGCCUGGGGCGCCUUACUAGGUGCAUGCAAGAUACAUGGAAAUGUUGAGCUUGCUGAAAAGGCCAUAGAACACUUGAUCCAACUUGACCUUGAGGAUGGAGGCUACCUAGCAAUUAUGUCCAACAUAUAUGCUAAUGCAGGACGGUGGGAAGAUGUCUCAAAAGUCCGAAAAUUAAUGAAAGAAAAAGGCAUUGGUAAGUCACGGGGGAUUAGCUCCAUUGAGGUUAAUGGGGUCAUACACGAAUUUGGUGUCCAAGAGAAAAAGCACCCUCAAGCGAGAGAAAUCUAUGAUAUGAUAGAUGAGAUCUAUAGACGACUCAAGAGGGCAGGCCAUGUCGCAAGUACUAGAGAGGUAUUUUUCGAUGUUGAAGAGGAGGAAAAGGAAAAGGCUCUGUUUUUCCACAGUGAGAAAAUGGCUGUUGCUUUCGGACUUAUUGCAACUGAUAAAACCACUAUCAUUCGGGUAGUGAAAAACCUUCGCAUUUGUCCAGAUUGUCAUGCAGCUAUGAAGUUGAUUUCUGCUAGUUUUGAAAGAGAAAUAGUAAUUAGGGACCGCCAUCGUUUUCACCACUUCAAGAAUGGUGUUUGCUCUUGUAUAGACUAUUGGUGAAUAUACAAAUUCCCCUUCAACCAUCCUUCCUCAUGUCAGUGCAAAUGGAGAAUUGCUAAAUAAGGGCCUGAGAGGCUAACAAGAAGUUAAUCAUACAAGUAGUACAUAGAAAGUUGGAUGGCAUAGGCGUUCUCCUACCUAAGACAGGCUAUGAAACAAGCGUAAUUUCAUGGGUGUCUUCUCGGCCAUGCCCCAUGGCUCCUUGAAAAGCCUUCAAAAGCCUAUUGCAUGGAUGGCCCUGUGGCCCUUCCUGUGCUAAAUGACAAGUGCGCCCGUGACUAUGUCGCCCCACCAAUCUCCCACACCCGUGCUCGUGUGCAGGCAAUGCGGACACUCGACAGUACCGAUCAGCAGGCAGUGCCUCUAGCACCAGGACGCACUUGCUUCAUAGCCCACACCUGUGCGCCCUGUCCUGCACAUGUGCAUACAGGAUGAAGCCAAAGACAAGGACACAUUCUGUCCAAGUGUCGUAAUGGACCAGCCUACCCUUCUAACUCCGACUCUGCCUUGCCAUGUCAUGAUGUUGUACAAGUUUCUUGGAGUCCUUUGUACAGCCACAGGUUAUAUGUUCCUUUUUUUAGCUUUACCUUUUUAGUAAUUUUAGUCUCCAUUUUUCAAGCCACGGUUCAACAUAAAAGACAUUGUCAUAUCCUUGAAGGACUAUGUAGAUGUGUCAGACAAUAUUUGGUAAAAGUUGUCCAAAUUUUUGGAGUUACGUAUACGUAGCAUCGAGUAUGUAAUUGAUGCUUA